AUGGCAAGAACUCGCCUCGCAGCGUUUCUUAUCGGCAUGGCGAGCUUCUUCUCCGUCGUUGCCGGCCAACUCCGACCAAUGCCUGCGAGUGGCCUUCCCGGUGAUCUCUUUGCCCUAGGAAUCGCCUCUAAAAUCCGCACCGACUGCAACUCAACGGCGAGCGCGUCGUCAGACUUUGGCCGCAUCAUGGAGGCCGCCCCGGAAGCCGUUCUACACCCUGCCACGCCCGCCGACAUCGCCGCGCUCAUCCGGUUCUCCACGUCCUCGCCGGUGCCAUUCCCCGUGUCACCGCGCGGGCAGGGCCACUCCGUCCGUGGGCAGUCUCUCGCUCCGGGUGGCGUCGUCGUCGACAUGCACAUGCUUGGGCGCGGUUACCAUCGCAUCAACGUGUCCGCGGACUACGUUGACGCGGGCGGCGAGCAGCUGUGGGUCGACGUUCUCCGUGCGACGCUGAAGCACGGCCUCGCGCCGCGCGCGUGGACGGACUAUCUGCAACUCACCGUUGGCGGCACGCUCUCCAAUGCUGGCAUUGGCGGCCAAGCAUUCCGGCAUGGCCCGCAAAUCGCCAAUGUGCACGAGCUUGACGUGGUUACCGGGACGGGUGAGAUGGUGACAUGCUCACGUGACAAGAGGAAGGACCUGUUCUUCGCCGCAUUGGGUGGACUGGGUCAGUUCGGGAUCAUAACCCGGGCUCGGAUCGCUCUCGAGUCGGCCCCAAAGCAGGUGCGCUGGGUCCGACUUGCCUACUCGGAUGUGGUUGCGUUCACCAGAGACCAGGAGCUGCUCAUUUCUAAGCACGCUAGCGAAGCAAGUUUUGACUAUGUCGAAGGCCAAGUCCAGCUUAACCGGACGCUAAGUGAGGGCCCCAAGUCAACGCCCUUCUUCUCCGAAGCCGAUAUCAACACGCUUGCUGACCUCGCAUCCGAGACUGGCUCCGGCGCGAUCUACUUCAUCGAAGCCGCCAUGUACUAUGAUGAGACGACCGCCCCAUCUGUCAACCAGAAACUAGAGAUGGUACUAGCUCAGCUGAGCUUUGUGCCCAGGUUCGUGUUCACCAAGGAUGUGACGUACUUCCAGUUCCUCAACCGCGUACGCGUGGAGGAGACUGUGCUUCGGUCGGCUGGCGUGUGGGAUGUGCCACACCCAUGGCUGAACCUUUUCGUCCCCCGGUCACGCAUUCUCGACUUCGACACUGGCGUGCUCAAAGGCAUCCUCGGGGGUGACAACCCAGUCGGGCUCAUCCUCAUGUACCCUAUGAACACGGCCAAAUGGAACUCCCACAUGACAGCGGUGACGCCACCCACUGGCGAGGACGUAUUUUACACGGUGGGACUUCUUCGGUCGGCUCUAUCUGCCGAUGACCUAGAGCGUCUACAGAGGGAGAACCAAUCGAUGCUGGCAUUUUGUGACAAGGAGGGCAUCGAGUGCAAGCAGUAUCUGCCACACUACACAUCACAAGAUGGAUGGCGGCGACAUUUUGGGGCCAAGUGGAGCAACAUCUCUCAGCUCAAGGCCAAAUAUGAUCCCCACGCGAUAAUGUCACGGGGGCAGAGAAUUUUCCCCUUGCCAAGUGUGCCAGCGGCAAGCACGGCGACCACAUAG